AUGGCCACUCGGGCCCUGCUGCUGCUGCUACUGCUGCUGCCGCCGCCGCUGCUCCGGGGCUGCGCCGCGCGCCCCGCGCCCCCCAGGGCCCCGCGACACUCGGACGGGACUUUCACCAGCGAGCUCAGCCGCCUGCGGGAGAGCGCGCGGCUGCAGCGGCUGCUGCAGGGCCUGGUGGGGAAGCGCAGCGAGCAGGACACAGAGAACAGCACAGCCUGGACCAACUCUGCGGAGGGCCACCUCUGCCUGCUGUGGUCGGACGCGCCCACCCUGCAGGCCUGGAUGCCCCUGAGGCCCCCCGAGGAUCAAGCCUGGUCUCCCCAGAUGCCUCUUGGACUGAGGGCUGGGGUCAUGGUGUCAGAGCCAGCCAUCCCUGCUGCUGAGGGGACCCAGAGGAGGCCCUGAGGAAGAAGGAACCUCCCAAGGGGAGCCUGGA